AUGCGACCAUUCUUCACCCUUUCCGCCCUGGCCGCUGCUGCGGCGGCCGCCAUCCUCGUCCCCGGCCCUAGCGGCCCCUACGGCGUAGCUUACCGCACCCUCCUCCUCACCGACCACGCCCGGCAGGACCCUUACGCCAGCACGCCGCAGAGCCGGCGCGUGCCCGUGUCCGCGUACCUGCCCGUGUCCGCGCCGUGCCCCAACAAGCAGACGCUGCCGUACAUGACGCCCGCCGUCGCGGCGCACUACGGCCAGACGGCGGCCGAGAUUGGCCUCCCCAACGACUCGUUUGCAAAGUUGACCAUGGAGUACUGCAGCCUGGAAAAGCCAUGUGGCGACGACAAGAAGAGGACGACGAGGAAGAGUUUCCCGCUGGUCUUGUACGACACGGGGCUCGGCAUCGCGCGCAGCUUGUACGGCGUAAAGGCGCGGGAUUUGGCGAGUCAGGGCUACAUUGUCGUGACGGUCGAUCAUCCGUACGAUGCGGACAUUAUCGAAUUUCCGGAUGGGUCUGUUGUCAAGUCUAUCGAGUUUAACGCCACCGAGCCUGAAAUCAUCAAAUUUCUCGAGGUUCGCGCCCAAGACCUCUCUUUUGUGCUCUCGCAGCUACACUCCAACCACACCGCGCGCCGCCAUAUCCUCGCGCAGUACCCCUCCACCAUUGACUUUUCGCGCACCGCCGCCGUCGGGCACUCCCUCGGCGGUGUCGCCUCCAUCCUCCUCGCGGACCGCUCCUCCUCCUACUCCCCCUCCUCUCGCCGCCCCGUCGUCCGCGGCGCCGUCAACAUGGACGGCGGUGUGCGCGGGCCCCUCCUGACCGCGGGCACCUCGGCGCCCACAAUGCAAUUUGGCACUGCCGGGCACGCGCGUACCGACCCCUCGUGGGACGUCUUUUGGCCGCGCCUACGCGGGCCCGCGGCCGAGAUAGCACUUGCCAACAGCACUCACGGCACGUUUAACGAUGGUGCCACGCUGGGGGCCCUGUUUGCGGACGGGCAGCCGGAAGAGGUGCGCAAGAAGCUGCGGGAGGCCUUUGGCACGAUUGACCCGAGCGAGGCAGAGCGGGCAAUCACGGGAGCGCUAGUAGCCGGGUUCGAGUUUGCGUUUGAGGGGCGCACUGAGGGGGUUGACAAGAUUCAUGAGCGCUUUUCGAGUUUGGAAGUCACGAGGAGCCAUCUAUAA